AUGCUUAUCAAGGAAUACCGAGUUGUUAACAACUGUACUUGUGACGAGUAUCAGGUUGCUCAAUUGUACGCAGUAGCUGAGGCUUCUAAAGCCGAGACUGGAGGCGGAGAAGGCGUUGAAGUGAUCAAGAAUGAGCCAUAUUCAGAUGAAAAUGGCAAAGGACAAUACACUUACAAGAUCUAUCAUUUAUCCAGCAAAGUGCCAGCUGUUAUCAGAGUACUAGCACCCAGCGGCGCCCUUGAAUUGUACGAAGAAGCCUGGAAUGCAUAUCCCCACUGCAAGACAGUUUUGACUAAUGGAUAUAUGAAAGAAAAUUUCAAACUAAUCACCGAAACUUUGCACGUUGAUGAUAGCAGAGGAGAAAUAGAAAAUGCUCUUGGAAGCUCUCCAGAAGUUCUUGCUCAACGUGAAGUUGUGCUCAUCGACAUAGCGAAUGACAAGAUCGAACCAAAAGAUUACAAGGAGGAAGAUGAUCCCCAACUCUACACUUCUCAACGCACUGGACGUGGGCCUCUAAAAGAAGACUGGAUUAAAACGGUCACACCCGUGAUGACGUGUUACAAGUUGGUUACGGUGGAAUUCAGAUGGUUCGGACUCCAGAAUAAGAUCGAAGCUUUUAUCCACAACGUAAUGCAAUCACUCUUUACUAAAUUCCACAGACAGCUCUUUUGCUGGACUGAUAGAUGGUACGGAAUGACCAUGGAUGAUAUCAGAGAAUACGAAGAAAAGACGAAAAAGGAUCUCGAUGAGUCACGCGCAAAACCACCACCGGCCACAACUACAACAACCCAAAAAGCCAAAAAAGCCCAAACUGAAACUCCUAACAAAUGA